AUGGCAUGCAACGCAUCAUGGGCGCUGACGGCCGAGGAGGCCGCCAAGCGCCUCGACGUCGACCUCUCCGUCGGCCUGGAUCGCGCCGAGUCAGAGCGCCGGAUCGUCCUGCACGGCCCGAACGCCAUCCCAGACGAGCCACCGACCCCGUGGCUCCGCCUCAUCCUCGCACAGUUUGACGACCUGCUCGUCAAGAUGCUGGUGGGAGCGGCGGCCGUUUCAUUUUGCCUGGCAAUGGGCGAGGAGGCCGGGGAGCGCCUACAUGCUCUCGUUGAGCCGCUCGUCAUCGUCCUCAUCUUGCUGCUCAAUGCCGUCGUCGGUGUGUGGCAGGAGUCGAACGCCGAGCAGGCCAUCGAGGCGCUCAAGGCGUACGAGCCCAACGACGCGGAGGUAUGGCGCGAGGGGGCGUUGUGCGUCAUCGCUGCCUCCGAGCUGGUGCCUGGCGACGUCAUCCGCGUCGCAGCGGGCGGCCGCGUGCCGGCAGACUCGCGACUGGUGGCUCUCGAGUCGACAACGCUCCGGCUCGACCAGGCGCUCCUCACGGGCGAGUCGGUGCCGGUGAUGAAGGAGACGGCCCCUGUCGCCGACGCCGACGCCGAGAUCCAGGCGAGGCACAACAUGCUCUUCUCGGGCACCACGGUCUCGUACGGUGCAGGCAAGGCACUCGUCGUCGCGACGGCCGCGUCGACUGAGAUAGGGAAGAUUGGCGCGCAGGUUGCCCGCCCACAGUCUCUAUCCGGAUAUGUUGUCAAGCUCGACGAGUUCAGCGCGCUGCUCACCAAGGCGAUCGCCGCCAUCUGCAUCCUCCUGUGGCUGCUAAACAUCCAACACUUCACAGACCCGAUUCACGGGUCUGCCGUGCGUGGGGCCAUCUACUACUUCAAGAUCGCAAUCGCCCUCGCCGUUGCCGCCAUCCCUGAGGGUCUUCCCGCCGUCGUCACCACUUGCCUCGCCCUCGGCACCCGUCGCAUGGCGGCCAAGAAUACCAUCGUCCGAUACCUGCCUUCGGUGGAGACCCUCGGCACCACGGCGGUGAUCUGCUCCGACAAGACGGGCACCCUCACGACGUCGCAGAUGGCGGCACGCUGCGUGCUUACGCUCUCGUCGAGCGGCCAGCCGCGUCUCACCCGCUGCCACGCCACCGGCUACGAUCCGACCGCCAAUAAGCUCCUCGCUGCGCGCGACGCGCGCGCCUCGAAGGGCGGCGAAAUGGCCGCAGCCGAGGAGCCCCUUUCAGAGGCGGAGCGACUGUCGGAGCCGCUCGCAUCGGUGGGCGCGGCGGCGCUCCGCUCGCUCGCCGAGAAGAUUGGGCUGCGGGGCGUGCCCGCCGCGGACACGGAGGAGCCAGAGCGCACCUCUGCCGCCUGGCUCCGCCGCUGCACGCCCCUCGCCACGCUGGAGUUUACGCGUGGACGCAGGCCGAAGGCCAGGCUGUGUGCUCGUCUCGUGCUCACCCGCCGCGGCGCUGGGGCCGGCGCGGGCGGCGGGGCCGGCCGCCACUCGCUCUUUGUCAAGGGCGCGCCUGAGUCGGUGCUUGCCCGCUGCACACACGCCAUGUUGGGCGGCGGCGCGGUCGUGCCGAUGGUGCCAGAGCUGCGAGCUUCGCUGUUGGCGACCGUGGGGGAGCUCGCCGGAGGCAGUGAGGCGCUCCGCUGCCUCGCGUGCGCCGUGCGACACAAUCUGCCCGCCGAUGUCUCGGCGACACCGCCCUCCGCCUUGGCGGGGUUUGGGGAGGUCGAGGCAGGCCUCACCUUUGUGGGAGUGGUCGGAAUCCAUGACCCCGCACGGCCGGAGGUGGCCGCCGCCAUCACGCAAUGCGCAGCUGCGGGGGUGCGCGUGGUGGUGGUCACAGGCGAUAAUAAGCUCACUGCGGAGGCAGGUGCCGGUGGGUCCAGCGGUUUGAGCGGCGGCUUGACGGGGCGGGAGUUUGCUGCGCUGGACUAUGAGGCGCAGUUGCGGGCGGUGGCCGAGUGCAGUCUCUUUGCGCGCACCGAGCCCGCGCACAAGCUGCGGCUGGUGGAGCUGCUGCAGCAGCAGGGCUACGUUGUCGCGAUGACGGGCGACGGCGUCAACGACGCGCCUGCGCUCAAGAAGGCCAACAUCGGCAUCGCCAUGGGGUCAGGCACUGCAGUCGCAAAGACGGCGUCCGAUAUGGUCCUCGCCGACGACAAUUUCGCUUCCAUUGUCGCAGCGGUGGAGGAGGGGCGCGCCAUCUUUUCAAACACGAAGGCCUUCAUCCGCUACCUCAUCUCGUCAAAUAUCGGCGAGGUGGCGUGCAUUUUCCUCACUGCGGCGCUCGGCAUGCCCGAGGCCCUCGUGCCCGUGCAGCUGCUCUGGGCCCUCUUCCCCGGCGCUUGCACCGUCAACCUCGUCACCGACGGGCUGCCCGCCACUGCCCUCUCCUUCAACCCUCCCGAUGCGAAUGCGAUGCGCCAGCCCCCGCGGCCUCUGUCGGAGCCAUUCAUCGAUGGGCCGCUCGCUCUUCGCUACCUUCUCAUCGGGCUGUACGUCGGCGUCGCCACCGUCGCGGGGUUCGCAUAUUGGUUCGUCGGUUUUGAGGGCGGUCCCCAGAUAACUCUGCACCAGCUGACACACUUUGGGGAGUGUCCCAGCUGGCCCGUUUCCGACGGCGUCGAUUGCGCGGUCUUCACUUCAUUGCGCCCACGCACCGUCGCGCUUUCGGUGCUCGUCACCAUCGAGAUGUUCAACGCGCUCAACGCCCUCUCGGAGAAGGCGCGCCUGCCGCUCGAGCCUUGCUCGGACCUUGCUCGGCCUCGCUCGCGCCCCUCAGCCGAGUCCCUGCUCGCCUUCCCGCCGUGGCGCAACCCGUGGCUCGUCGGCGCGCUCGCGCUCUCGUUCGCGCAGCAUUUCGCCAUCCUCUAUGUCCCCGCGUUCAACCACGUGUUCGGAGUCGCACCCAUCUCGUUCGCUGAGUGGAGGCGCCGGCCCGUCUCGGCAUGGCCCCAUCUAGCCUCGUUUUGCUCUCAACCCUGCCGCUUCGCGAUCUGCGCAGGCUCGUCCUCGCCGUCUCGGUGCCUGUCGUUGCUCUCGACGAGUGCAUGA